AGGCAUCUACUAUAAAUUUAUUAAAUUUUAAUUUUAAAUGUUUUUAUGAAAUGUACAUAAACUAUAAAUUGUUAUUGCUCACCACCUAAUUUUCGGUAUUCUGUUCCUAUACAUAAACCUGUCAAAUCGAUAUUUAUCGUGGAUGGCAAUGUGGUAUUAACAAAAUCGACUACGAAAUAGUAAAAACAAUAAAACGAGUUUUUUCAUUUUUUAACUAAAAUGGACUGUGAUAAACAGAACGAUAUACUGUUGUAUAUACCGACGUUAAUGAAUGUAGAAACUCAGGAAUGCUAUGAUAUUUUGAUGAAAAAGACUCACAUGAUUGGUCGUGCUGGAUUUGGUGCUGAUCUAGAAAUAUCAGAUGAUACAUCCAUUAGUCGUUGUCAUGCACAUCUCAUUCUUCUUAAAAAAAUAUUUGGCAGUAAAGCAAAACUUUUUUUGAUUCUUGAGGACAAAAAAUCUAAAUAUGGAACAUUUAUAAAUGAUUUUGAUGAACGAAUUAUAAGUGAUUGCCCUAAAAUUUUAAAGUUUGGUGACAAAAUUCGUUUUGGCAUAUUGAAUAGCAUUUGGACUGUUGUGAAAUAUCCUUUAAUUGUUUGUCCAUCAACAUUAAAAAUGGCUGAUAAAGAAAUAUUGAAAAAUUUAAUGGAAAAAAUUGGAGGACAAGUUUCACGUGAUUGGUCUGAAAAGUGUUCACACCUCUGUAUGAAUUCUGUUACUGUUACAGAAAAGGUGUUAUUAUGUUUAACAUCUGCAAAAUCAAUAGUACUCCUAAAAUAUUUUAUUGAUUUACAUGAAGCAUUAUCACCUGAUUCAUUGUCAGAGUUACCAUUCUGUGUGGAUUACAAGCCUAAAUUGGUCGAAAGUCUUUUAAACCCGAAUUCGUUGUCAUUAGAUGUGAAUAUCAAACGUAAAAAAUUAUUUUCUGGAAAAACAUUUAUAUGUUCUACGAUUAAUCAAUUAAAUCGUAUUUCAAAAUUAGUAAAAUUAGCAGGUGGAGAAAUAAUGAAUUAUUCUGAUAAAACGUUAUCUGAUGAUGAUAUCUUAAGCUGUUCAAACUAUAUUCUAAUGCAACAAGACUCACGAAGUACGGAAGUUAAUAAUACCUAUCAACGGAUUCUGGAAAAACUUAGGAUAAUGAACAAAAGAUCAAUACCAGAGAAUGAAAUAGGAUUUGCCAUUAUUUUUUCAAGUACUGCAAGACAUUGUAAUGUUGAUUUCAAUGUUUCUUUAGUUAAUCUUGAAUCUCAAUCCAAUGUGAUUAAAUCGCAAGAAUCUAUUAUCUUAGCUCCUGAAACUGAGGUUUUAACUGUUAAUGAUAGUGAAAUAUUUUCAGUUAAUACCAUACCAGAUUCUAUUGUAGACACACAAUGUGCCUUUAAAAGACCAUUAGAAGUGGUAAUGGAUUCUGAAGAAAUUAUAAUACCAACAAAACGUCCCUUAUUGGCAGACAAUGAAGAAAAAAUGAACAAUAUUAAAACACUAAGAGUUGAAGAAGAUUUACAUCUGUCUCAACGAGUUAUUGAACCAACUCCAUCCAGUAGUAACCAUGAUAUGCAAUGUCCUGCAUCUAAAACCUCAACAGUUGAUAACGUUUUUACAAAUAAUAAUUCGUGUUUAACCGCAGUACCUAGCUCACUCUACAUUUCAAAUUCUAACCAAUUGUCAACUUGGCUUAAAGGCACUGUAGCUGAAAAUAGUUUGAACAAUGCUAAUAAUUUACUUUCGAAGACUACUGAAAACGAGGCAGUUUCUACUGUUCCUACUAAAAGAAAGAUAUCAAAUAAUUUCUCAAUCUUUAAUAACGAAAAUGAAAACCCGUUUGACUAUUUGGAUAUCGACGAAAUUGAAGAACACCCAAAAAAAAAGCCAAAAAAAAGAGUGUCAGAUUCAUUAUUUCUUUCUGUUGUUGACUCAUCAUCCAAUAAUAAAGAUGAACCAUCUAAAACUGUGAAAAAUAAUGUCAAUGACGAAGCAGUAGAUCCAAAUUUCAUAAUGAAUUUACUCUCUGAAGCUAAAGGAACUGGACAGUUCAUAGAUGCGAGUAUACUCUCUGAAAAAUCGUCUGCUGAUAAACACGAAGAUACUGAACAUGAUUACAAUUCUAUCAUUGUGGAAACUAAAAAUAUGGUAGUGUCCAAAAAUACACAAAUUACAAACUUCAGUCAACAAAAUAACACUAAUCUUAAAAACUUCAAGAAAUUCAAAAAGAAAGGACCGAUUAUGCGGAUUCCAUAUAUUGUUCCAAUGGAAUACACACAAAUCGACUAAAACAGCUUUAAGUUUUCCUAUUAAAAAUUGAAUUAUUACGCAUUUGAGUUAAGUUUUAGUUAAUCAAAAAUUUUUUAUUUGUUUAUUUAUAUAUAAAAAUAUAUUUGUAUAAAUUAAAUAAGUUAUACGUGGUUCA